CCUAGCUGUUUAUUCGACUAAAAUUCAAAAACAAGGGAAUGAAAAAAGGAAAAGCCUUAUGUAUGAAUUUUAUAGAAUGGUUUGGUAGCCUUCACUGCUAAAAAAAACCCUACAACCAUGGCACUCUCAAGACUAAUAAUUUUCUGGUUGUGGCUGCUAGCAACAGGAAACAUCGUCUUUUCACAAGAUAAUUUUCUGAAGAAGCAGAAACAGCCAUUAAUUGCCAUUUCAAAUGUUGAAUUUUUCAACAAUACCAUAUAUGUGGGAGCCAUGGAUAAACUUCUUAAAUUUGAUCUGGACUUACAGAUAACCAAGAAGGUUGAUACUUGCACGGGAUCUUGUGAUUCAAACUAUAACAAAGUAUUAGUCAUUAGCGAAAAGACUCAAAGGGUGCUGCAUUGUGGGACUGGGUAUGGUGGAAUGUGUGAAAUGCGAAAUUUAACUGAUCUGUCACAAAGUCUUUUAAAUACUUCACAAUCUACAGGUAUCAUAGCUGUUAAAGUCAGUACUGAUAGGAAAAGACCUGCCUCAGCCAUUUUUACUUCAGAAAUGUUUUACCUUGCAAAGUCCUUUGGUGAUAAUGUGCAAUUCAAUGAAAAUGAAAAUGAAAAGUAUUGUGGCAUAUUAGCAAGAGAUCAAAUCUUUGAUUAUCAAACAGUUAAUCCUCCAUGUAUUUAUAUUGAGCUUAGGCAAAAAACAAAAUUGGAAGAUUAUGUUAUAUACUAUAAAGAUACAUUUAUUUAUGGAGACAAUGUAUAUUUUUUGACCAAUCAAAAGAAGUAUGUUGGAGCAAAUGACUAUGUAUCCAAAGUUGUCAGACUGUGCAUGAAGGAUACAUCAUACCAAUCACAUAUUGAUAUGGAAUUGACAUGUGAAAACGAUGGAAUGGUGUACAAUCUGAUUCAAGAUUCAGUAAUUUUAAAUGUAUCUGGAAACUCUGUGUUAGUAGCAGUGUUUGCCAAUGGCUCGGACCCAGAGAACAUAUCAGGGACAGGAAUCAUCUGCACCUUAGACAUGAAAACUAUCAAUAAGGAACUUCAAGAAUCUCUGAGAGGCUUUGAGACUAAUUGCAGUUACAACAAUUCAAACCAGUAUUUAAACCUGGUUGGAAAUUGUUUGUUAACCAAUCAGUCAAGUUUGAACAACUUCACAUGCAAAGCAAACGACAUUCCGAUAAGAUAUUUUGCCAUUGGAAGUGGCAAAGUUGAGCUACAUUGGAAUGACUCAUCAUUUGCACAUGAGGGUUAUUUUACAAGCCUACAUUCAAGUCAAUACAACCAGAACGAUGUUGUUUUUGCAGGAACAUCAAAUGGAUUUGUUGUAAAGUAUGUGAUGACAAAGAGUGGCCUUCACCGAUAUGAACAACUACUUGCAGACGAAGGGAACGAAGUGAAGGACAUGAUCAUUUUGAAUGAUGAUCACUUUUUUGUCAUCUCUGAAAGCAAUGUUUUAAAGUACCAGAGCACUGACUGUACCGAAUACAAAACAUGCAAAGAUCUUAUGGAAAACAAAAAUCCACUAUGUGGCUGGUGUGUCUAUGAAAACAAGAGCUCAAGGAAUGAUCAGUCUUGUAAAUAUUCUGGUCACGAAAACCACUGGAUACCAUCCCAGGGAGAGUGUGUGUCCAUUGACGCAGAUCCAAAAGCAUACCCUUCUGGAGUUGGGCUGUUACGGGUGACUUUAACUGCGAAACAUUUACCAGAAAGACUUUCUAAUGACUCCACCUACAAAUGUAAAAUAGAUGGCAAGCAUUAUAUUGCCUCUAUAAAUGACACUCAGUUAACCUGUAAUAUCAACAACAUAAAUGAGCAUACUACAAAAGAUAUGGAAUUAAUUGUUGAACUGUCCAAUGGAACGAGGAUCCCUCUUGCUUCCACACUGUUUCGUUUCUUCAGAUGUUCAGAGUAUUCAGUGUGUAGCAAAUGUGUAGAGACAAUCAGAGGCACAUGUAGAUGGUGUGCUCUUCAAGGUCACUGUGAGAGUAACAGUACAAAUCCGCCAUGUCUUCAUUCAGUUCCUGAUACAUUCCAAUCUUGUCCAAGGCUGCAGAAUAACACAUCAUAUCUGCAUACCGAUGUUGAAUCUACUUUGGAAGUAGAAAUUGAAAAUACAAUAUUUAAUACAACUGAUUUAAAGAAUCUGAAAGUAAGGAUUAACUCGACCAAUAUAACAAACCAGACCUGCAGGUUUUUGGAUGGAAAAGUUGAUUGUAAUAUUACAUUUAAGGCACGUUCUGAAGCAAAGACGCUGGAAAAUAUUGUAGUACAAUACCAAAGUGUCCCAAACAAAUGGAUUUUCAUUGAUGAAAAAAGUGAAGUUUUCGUAUACAAUUGUACUACACUGUCGGAUAAUAAGUGUAACUACUGCCAUGCAUUGAACACCGAUCGUUUUAGAUGCAAAUGGUUUAAUGAGAGCAAGUCAUGCAAACAUCAUUCGCCAUCUGAUAAUAAUAGAUAUGAAUGUCCAUGUCCAAAUAUAACAAAGAUAUUGCCACGAGAUGGUUUUAUAGGGCGUGGACUACUUAUUACUGUAACAGGAGAAGAAUUUGGAAUACAUAAUGAAAUUUCCAAAGGAAACAUACACAUCAAUGGCAAGAAAUGCCUUGCUCAUACUGUACAAUAUAUAAAUGCAGAUAUACCAAAGUCAGAAGACUUCUCAGAAAAUGUAACCAACGGUUUUGUUUGCGAGCUUACCAGGUGGGAUGGUACUGAAACUUUGUUCUAUCGUGGUGAUGAUUGUCAAAGUUUGCCAGUAGGUGAUGACAUUAUACCAGUUUGGAAGGAUGGCCAUAUUACUUCAAUGGAGCCUACUUCAGGACCUAAAGCAGGUGGAACAAUGAUCACAUUAAGAGGGGAAAAUCUUGGAGUAGGCAACAGAAUAAUUUCCAGCGUUGUUUUUGAUAAUGGUGCUAAAUGUGAACAUCCAGAGGUGUAUCCUCACAUACCUACAAAUGUCCCGACUGAGUCUGUAAAGCCUCCAUUUGCUAUUGUUUGCAAGACACCUGAAGUGCCAAGUACAACUUCAGUAAAGCUACUGCAUAUAAGUGUUCCGAAAAACGAACCCAUUGAUGUUGUCGAACUGAAGUUUACUUUUCUUGAGAAUCCUGUUAUCGAGAUGAUAUAUCCAGAGAAAGGAUUUUUGAGUGGUGGCACAGUGCUGACAGUGAAAGGGAAGUACUUGAAUAAUGCAAAUGCUGGAACAGUUCGACUGGUAUACAAUUCUGAAGUACAGGUUGAACAAUGUGUGAUUGAUACCAACUCCUCUGCUCAAGUUCUAUGUAGAGUACCACCUGCUUCAAAGGGAAUUAUACAAGAACUUAAUGCCAAGGCGUCUUCAAGUAACAAAAGAAAGAAAAGAUCUGCACAAUGUGUGGAAUGUGUUACUGUCACGAUCAUUGUAAAGUUGGAUGGAGUUGAACAUUCCUUUAAUAUAUCAUACUUCCAUGACCCAUCUAUCAGCAAGUUUGACCAGGGCGUUUUGCUUUACCAAUCAGAUCAGCAGUAUUUGGAAAUAAAGGGUGAAAAUCUUAACCUUGUUGCGGCGAAGCACGACAUCAACAUUACUAUUGGAAUAGAUGUAUGUAAUGUUGUGGAGCUUGAAGGCGAUUUCAUGCGAUGCAAGGCCCCAAGUUCUCAACCGCAGCCAGGAAUACCGGGAGCUACUUUACCUGAAGUCAAUGUGACAAUAGGAAACAUCCAUACAACUUUGGGGUACAUUAAGUACAAACCAAAGUUCGAGAGCAUCCUUAUCAUAGCCGGAGCAGCUGCUGGAACUGCACUGUUUCUUCUUGUGUUGGCGUGA